AUGCUUGACUGUGAGGGGAUGGAGAGCCACGGUCUCCGCAACAUCCCUCCAGUGGAGCCCGUGGUGGCGGCUCACCUCCACCCGAAAGCAUCCCUGUCAUCACUGGGGCCCGCACUCCCAUCCAGAGCGGAUCGUUUCCAGUCCAGCCUGACAGACAAGGCGUACAAGGCAGCUGCACUGUCGGCGCGAGCCCUGAACGCCACCUCCCUUCUUAUGGCGUAUCAAGCCGAGCUGGAGGAGGAGAUGACGGCUUCACCUGACCCCAUGUUGUGGGAGGAAAUGUGUGUGAUCACUGACCACUGCCUUCACCUCCACAAGGUGGCCAUCCAGUCACAGGGCAGAGCCAUGGGGUUGAUGGUGCUACAGGAGAGAGCCCGCUGGCUUAUUUUCACCACACUGUCAGCCAAGGAGAAGGAAGAUCUCCUCGACACCCCCAUAUCACCCAAGGGCCUCUUUGGCGCAGCGGUCACGUCCAUGCAAAAGAGGUGCGAGGAGAGAAAAAGGGAAGACAAAGCCCUGAAGCUGUGUCUGCGGAGAAGGGCACCCACCGCCACCCUCCCGGCUCACCGUCAAACCUUUGCCCAGGCUGUGGCACGGCCUCCUCCCACCUUCAAAAUUCCCAAGCUGCCUAAAUCCCAGGCAGCUCCUCAGGCUCCGCCAAGAGCACAGGCUCCAAAGGGUCCGUGGCAGAAGAAAUCUUCAUCCCAAGAGGGGACUCUGCCCGACCGGCCACCCCCCACCUUUACCCACGGGAGUGCACCACUGGGGGUGGACGCGCUGGCUCAUCAGUGGCCUCGGAUUCUCUUGUAUGCAUUCCCCCCGAUAGCAUUGAUUUCCCCCACCCUAGCCAGGGUGAGGGAGGAAGGGGCACGGGGAAAUAUUUCAUCCCCACCCAGAGAGGCUGGCCCUGUGGGCUUGGCCCGUGAAUGGCUCAAUCUACAGUCUGGAGGCCUUCCCCCAGGCGUGAUUGAGACUAUUCAGAGUGCUAGGGCUCCCUCAACGAGGUCCCUUUAUGAGAGCAAAUGGUCGAUCUUUGAGAAAUGGUGCUCAAACACACAAGAAAUUCCCUUUCAGUGUUCUGUAGUGGUGAUCUUGGCUUUCCUACAGGACAUGGUGGACAAAAGGAUGGCCUUUUCCACUAUUAAGGUGUAUUUGGCAGCCAUUUCGGCCUGCCAUAUCGGCUUUGGGGGGAAAACUGUGGGACAGCAUCCCCUGGUCUGCCGCUUUAUGAAGGGUGCACGUCGCAAGCUUCCUGUUUCUAAACCAUUAGCACCGUCCUGGGACCUCCCCAUGGUGCUGGAUGCCCUUUCAGCCCCACCUUUUGAACCACUAGAUCAGGUGGACUUGAAAAUGGUGGCUUUAAAGACAGUGUUAUUACUGUCUCUGGCCUCAGCUAAACGCGUGGGUGAGAUUCACGCUCUUUCAGUACAUGAAGAAUGUACAAAGUUCUCUGCAGGAAAUACAAGGGUGACCUUACAGCCUAACCCAGCGUUUAUGCCUAAGGUGUUGGGGUCAUGUUCCCCUAUUGACCUUGUAUCCUUCUAUCCCCCGCCUUUCUCCUCAGAUGAGCAUCGGCGGCUACACAUGCUGUGCCCAGUGCGGGCCUUGCGCAUCUACAUGGACAGAACUGAAGGCUGUAGAAAAAGUGACCAGCUUUUUGUGUCUUGGGCAAAGAAUCAGGUGGGGAAGCCAGUCUCUAAGCAGCGGCUUUCUCACUGGAUUGUGGGGGCUAUUGCUUUAGCUUAUAGCGCCAAAGGGGCGCAAGCACCAGAGGGUCUGCGUGCUCAUUCUACCAGGGGUCUCUCCACGUCCUGGGCCCUUUUCAGAGGGGUCCCCAUUCAGGAAAUUUGUGCCGCAGCAAGCUGGGCCUCUCCACACACCUUCAUCAGGUUCUACAAGCUUGAUGUUACAGCCUCUUCUCUGGCCCAUUCAGUGCUUGGUUUGGCCAAGCCCUAG